GAGGUUAUAACAUCGUUUACCUCAGGAUCAGCUACCAUUGCUCAUGACGGGAUACGACUCAAUAUUCGUUUUGUUCCUUUGAUAAGUAUCCAUGGCGCAAGCACGUCGGAAGUGGGCUCCGGAAGAGGAUGCACGUCUUCGAGAGCUAGUACAGACAGCAAUUGAACAAUCUUCCCCUAUUCUCUGGUGUGAGAUCGCCAAAGGUAUCCCGGGCCGAAGCAACAAAGACUGUCGGCGCCGCUGGCAUAACUCCCUGGCCCGGGGUCUUUCCAAGGGGUUUUGGACAGAAUCGGAAGACGAACGACUAUGGAACGCCGUGCGAAAACACGGGAAAAAAUGGGCGCAGGUAGCCCAAGAGGUCCGCACGCGGAACUCGGAUCAGUGUUCGAGUCACUGGAGCCAGACCCUGAAUCCAGAUAUCGAUUUCAGUGACUGGACAUGGCAAGAGGACGAGACGCUGCUGCAGGCCACGGAGAGACUGGGGACGAACUGGGCAAUGAUUGCUGCUAAACAUCUUCCUACGCGAACCACUCUCGCGCUUAGGAAUCGGUACAAUGCGUUGCGCAAAAAGAUAUCCAACAAUAAUAGACAGAGUAGUUGUAAUCCGAAAGGUCGCCAUUUGACCGCCUCCCUUAGCCGACAAAAGGGUCAACGAAGGUCUUCGGUGGCAGUAAAGGGGGGGAUGGAGGACGAUGAAGAUGACGGCAACUAUGCUCAAAUUGAUCUUGAUGACAGUGAUGAUCUCAAAACCUCCGACGAAGACCAUUUUUCGUCUGUCACAGGCUCAAACGCGGACUUGAUGGAGCUGCAGGACCUGUCAUCCCCUUCUCUAGCCUUGCCGGAGUAUGCACAGUAUCCUGUAUAUCAGGCCUCGAAGCUUAGCUCCACCCCGGAAUUUACGGUUCCCUUUGACACUGACCUGGACUUGGGUAACUAUGACCAUCAUACCAGCCUGGAUACAAUGCUGGCCACUCUACACCCACCCGCCGCCGCCGCCGCCGCUGCUUCUUCUUUCACGAUACCUGACCGAGAGAAUUUCAUGAACGUGGCUCACGCAUACCCCCCGUCAGAUCUUUCGGCAAUCUACCCCCCUGGUCAGAUAAUGCCGGCACAUAAUGCAGGCAUUAGGCCACUUGACAACCAACCGCAGGUUGCCCGCAAAGACACCAAUCCCGUCGCACUGUUGUCAUCAUUAGAGUCCCUGCCGCCAUGCGACCCCGCCUGUCAACCUCUUACAGCCUUGGAGCCGUCGGAGAUCCCCUCUCAACCGUUGCAACACGCAUCCAUCAAUGUAGUGUGUACCUCCCAGCAGCUAUCGCACAUUAUGGGGGCGGUAGUAGGAAUAGCUAACUCAGUGACUUUGAAACUCGAACAUCGAACCAUAAGAAACGAGGCCUUAGAUCAAUAAUAACGGCCAGUAAAGAGGGUCCCGCUACAGUUGGUACAGCCAGAUGAGGGAUUGGGUUGGAUCUGGGAAAGGGUAUACAGGUGUAUAGAUACGUUUUAAGACUUAGACUAUUAUCAAUCAAG